AUGCUUUAUGGCCACUCCCGCACCCGCACAACGUCCUCAAACGUCUUCCCAGCACAAAUACAAUCGCCCACGCCGAUGCAUUUGGUGCAGCCGCAACAACAGUCUGCCCACAACCGCCGCUCGCCCUCCGUCAACACAUUCAGCACCGUCUCAAGCUCAGGUAUGGCACCUCCCGCCGCCUACCGCACCUCGCCCACCACCGACCUUCGGCGCUCUACUUCCUCUCGCUCUGCCGGUUCCACACAACCCAGCAGCUACGUCGCUCUGCUCCGGAAGCAGAAGGCGACUGUUUGGUGCGAUCGGGCCCAGUAUGAGGAUCCACGACUUCUUGCGGCCCAGAGAGCUGCAAAGAUGAGAGCGAACCUCGAGGUUGUCGGAUCAGGAGCCACAGGCUUGUCAGUUGGUGGGCUUGGUGGUCGGACAUCAACAGGCCUCAGUAGUGCAGGCGGCAAGGUCGCCGCAAAGAUCCGACACCAUGGCAAGCCCGGCGUAGUCGGAUAUACUCCGGAUAGCAACUACGUUGGUGUCGGCGGUGUGCCUCUACGACUGAGCGCAACAGAAGUCGAAGGCGAGGAUAGCGAGGAGGAUGAGGCGAUUACGCAACGCCUGCAUCACCGUAGAACUGGAAGUAGCGGGCGCAGCAGUACUGCUGGCAGCAUUGGCAGGAGAGGCCUGAAUUACCGCUCUUCUGGUGGACUAGUACAAACAGGCAGCAGACGGUGGAGCCCUGGUGACACUCCGGAACGAACAGGCAGCCUGGUGGAAGAGACGGGUGAACUUCGACUGCAGGACGACUCCGCCAGCGGCCGCGCUCAAAGCACGGGAAGCGGCAGCAGUGCUGAGCGCGCAGAUAACGUCCCUGAUAUGGGCGCUGCACGGCUCGCGAGCAAUAGCCUUGCGCACGCGACGGUGACGAGAGAAAAGAGCGUCAAGAACGUCGAUGAUCUCCGUAGGAGGGGCAGUGUCGACGAGAGAACAAUGACGCUCACGACUGGACGCCUGUUCAUCGCCAAUCCCGACUAA